CUGACUCCAGCUCCGCUCGGGACCGCUCGCUCGCACACAGACGCUCGCGGUGUGUCAGUGUGUGUCCGUGCUGUCAGUGAGCAGCGCUCGCCUGAUCGAAACGCCAGCAAUUAGUCAGCUCCAAUUAGUUCCUUCAUUAAGCACACACACACACACAGAGUGUGUUCAUCUGCGCUGCUGCUGCUUUCUCCUCCGACAACGACAGCUGGGAUGUGUGAGUAGAAAGCCCGCCAGGCUCCCCUGCAGCACCCAGAGGUGUCUCCAAACAUGGACAGGAUAGGGGUGUCAUUCCUGGACCCUCUGGAUGACUACGAGCUCAUUCACAGGAUCGGGUGCGGCACCUAUGGAGAUGUGUUCAAGGCUCGUAACAUCAGGACGUCUGAACUGGCAGCUAUCAAGAUCGUCAAGCUAGACCCUGGUGAUGACAUCACGUCCAUCCAGCAGGAGAUUACGAUGAUGAAGGAGUGCAAGCACAAAAACAUCGUGGCCUACUUCGGCAGCUACCACAGGAACACCAAGCUGUGGAUCUGCAUGGAGUACUGCGGAGGAGGGUCUCUUCAGGAUAUGUAUCAUGUGACGGGCCCAUUAAAGGAGAAACAGAUAGCGUACGUGUGCAGAGAAACCCUCCAGGGUUUGUAUCACCUGCACGAGACUGGCAAAAUGCACAGAGACAUAAAGGGAGCCAACAUCCUUUUGACAGAGCGAGGAGACGUGAAACUGGCUGAUUUUGGAGUGGCAGCAGAGAUCAGUGCCUCCGUUGCCAAAAGGAAGUCUUUUAUAGGAACUCCCUACUGGAUGGCUCCAGAGGUGGCUGCAGUGGAGAAGAAGGGAGGCUACAACCACCUGUGCGACAUCUGGGCCGUCGGCAUCACUGCCAUUGAGCUGGCCGAGCUCCAGCCGCCCAUGUUUGACCUCCACCCGAUGAGAGCGCUGAUGUUGAUGUCCAAGAGCAACUUCCAGCCUCCAAGACUAAAGGAUAAAUCCAAGUGGUCUGCUGGUUUCCAAAGCUUUGUGAAGAUGGCGCUCAUUAAAAGUCCCCGUAAAAGGCCCUCAGCUGAGACACUGCUGCAGCAUCCGUUUGUGACACAGCUGCUGACCCGUAACCUAAUCAUUGAACUGCUGGAUAUGGCCAACAACCCAGAGUUCCACACCACACACACCCACAGCAUGGACGACAACGAACUGGAGGUUGGGGAAGUAGCUCCAGACAAGAUUCAGUCGGCAGGGAAACACCUGCCUGUGGAGAGGACCCUGUCUGAAGAACAAUUCGACCAGGUGAAGUUUGGGCCUCCGCUGAGGAAAGUCACAGAGCCUUAUCCUGAUUUGCCGGGCUCCUAUGAUGAUGACUGGAGUCUGUCUGGAGAAGAAGACAACUCACCGAGCCUGUUGGAAUGUGUGGAGCAAGCUCUGCAGCUGAGGAGUUUAACCAUUAAGAGGGCGCCAUCUACUGAUGGAGGUAGGAAGAGUGGUCUCUUCAGCCCGUCUACAGCCUCCCUGCCGGCCUUCAGCUCUUUAACACCCAACACAGACAACAAAGACCUGACACUGAGGCCAAGCUGUACACUGGGCCCUGACACUGCCGUCGCUGCUGACUCCACCUCCACUACAGUGUUGGCAAGGUGCUCAGCCACACAGGACAUCAGACAGCGCUGCAGUGAUCCAUGUCUGCCUGCGGGGGACGCUGUAAUAGCAGAGAAGAGGAAGGUUACCUCUGUCACCUCUCCGAAAAGAGAGACACCACUAUCACCUGAAUGGAGCACACUGAGGAAAAAGACUGAGGACUCUAGGGCUGAUUGUCAUGGACUUCCUCCUACCCCUCAAGUCCAUAUGGGAGCCUGCUUCUCCAAAGUCUUCAACGGUUGUCCUCUUAAAAUCCACUGUGCUGCCACCUGGAUUUUACCCAAGACAAGAGAUCAGUACCUUAUUCUUGGGGCAGAAGAGGGUAUCUACAUAUUGAACCUUAAUGAACUUCAUGAAGAUACACUAGAGAAGCUGCUCCCUCAGCGAUGCACAUGGCUGUAUGUUAUGAACAAUGUGCUGAUGUCUGUAUCAGGGAAGUCUUCCCAGCUUUAUUCCCACAGUCUGACAGUUCUGUUCGAACAGAGAGGACAUCUGCAGAAGAAACACAGCAGUCUGUCACUCAGCACCAACCGGUUCACUGAGAGGAUCAACCCCAGAAAGUUUGCCAUAUCUGUGAAGAUUCCUGACACUAAAGGCUGUAGGAGAUGUAGCGUAGCAAGAAACCCGUACACAGACAGUACAUUUCUAUGUGGAGCAGUUCCCACAGGCUUGGUUCUACUAUUGUGGUAUGAGCCUCUGCAGAAGUUCAUGCAUCUAAAGCACAUAGCGAUUAAGCUGCCAGACUCUCUGCCAAUAUUUGAGCUGCUGGUGUUGGUGACGGAUGAGUUUCCCCAGCUGUGCGUUGGUGUGAGGGACUGUAGAAACGGGAAAGGCCCAACCAGCCAACAGCUCAAGUUUGAUAUCAUAGAGCUGAACAGCACGCCUAUUUCAUCACCAGAUGGUGGGGCACUCAGGGCAGCACAGGUAACUCAACUGGACAGAGACACUGUUCUCAUUGUAUUAGAAAAAACUGUUAAGAUUGUGAACCUGCGAGGACUUCCAUCCAAAGAGCUGACUGCUGAAAUGGUCUUUGACUUCCACAUUGAAACUCUGGUCUGCUUACAGGACAGUGUGCUGGCCUUCUGGAAGCACGGCCUGAAAGGGAAAAGCUUUCAUUCAAAUGAGGUAACACAAGAAAUUACAGACGAGAGUCGAGUAUUCAGAGUUCUGGGAACAAACAGGGACAUCAUCCUUCAGAGCACACCAACGGAUGACCCCUCUGCACUGAGUAACCUGUACAUCCUGACUGGACAUGAAAACAGCUACUGAGAUAAAAUGGCUGAACGUCUUCAAAACUCAGGCUGAAGAGAAGGAAAGUGCAGAUGUGUUCUAUAACCUGUAGUGGAAGUGAUGUCCUCCAACUGACGCUGUAGCAGACACCAGCACCAACUCUUUUCUGUGAAUGACCAGUGUCAGUGUUUGAUUGAGUUGCCUGUCUCAGACUCAAACUGUAAGCUGUUGGACAACAUGUAUAAGAGAGACAUAUCAACAUGUGAGUGGGUUUGCUAAUUAAAACCGCAAAAGCCGAGAUUUUAAUGUAAAAACAGUUCAUGUUACCGGCCUAAUUCACAGCAUCACUGCAGCAGGGGAGAUGUUCCCAUUCCUGAUGAUUGAGAUGUCAUAGAUGCUAUCAGUCUGGACCAUAGACUGUAGAGAAACGGAUGGAGCGCCUGUGGCAGCACACUCACUGAACGGAUGUCAUGAAGCUUUUAUUUAGAUUUACUGUUUACUGCUACUGACAGUUACCAGAACCAGAAACAUGUGGGAGUCAAAUGGGUGGAGCAACCCCAACAGCUGAGUGUGAUAGGCUGAGACACCUGUCAACCAAUCACAUGAAUCAACCGUAAUACCCCCUUAAAGGAAUUCCCGUAAUUUCCACAAAGACUCAAAGCAGAGGAGGUGAAUUUAGGACUUUUUCAAUGGAUUUCUGUGGAGUGACACGUUUUGGAGCCAUUCUUGGAACUGCAUUUUAAGACAAUUAGAAUUUUGCUUCAGCCUUUCACCAUAGUUACAGGGCGGCCAUUUUCCCUGAUCUCAGGGUUGGAAGUUCAAAUGUUCUGCUGCGUUCCAGGUUGCAGAUGGUAUCAAAAAUGUUAUCAUUUCACCCCUUUCUGAUUUAUCAGCAACUGAAAAGACCCUAGAUAAUGAAAAGCUAGAUAACAUAUUAGCCACCGCUGUGAUUUUACUUUCAUGUUGUAUUGUGUAACACUGUCAAACAGUAAUGUUAGCUGUUAUCUAACAUGUUGUUUGGCACCGUGUCUCUCUGGAUUCUCCCUGUCCAUUGUCUUUUCAGUUGCUGGUCAAUCAGGAAAAGGUGAAAUGUUAAUAAUUUGCAACCCGGAACCCACGACAUUUGAGUGUCCCACCUUGAGCAUGAUGUCAGAAGAAAAUGGCUGCCACAUGGAAACGAUGAAUUAAGAUAAAAAAUAGGGUUCCCUUUUUUUGACUACUGCCACCACCCGCUUAGUACCUCCUGCUCGAUCAAUACUGCACAUGUGCAACUGUCAACAUUAGCUUCUUCCAUCAUCAGCUCUAGAAAAAACUGUUUAGUUCAGAAUGUUAUUGAUUACUGUAAGAAUUCUGGAUGCAGUCUGAUUUGAUGUGGUGACUUGUAUGUUCAUCACAUCUACUGUGAGAUGCGGCUCAGAGCUGCACAUGGGGAGUAUGGAUCAGGCAGUGACACAUACUUCACACAGUAACGCUGCAUUCACAUUUUGAGUUCAUCGUAAUCACCCCUCUUUCUUAAAUGUCGUCAGCACUCAAUCCAUGAUUACAAUUGGAAAACAUUUUCUAUAGUCAUUCAAGGUGAUUAAAGCCAAAUGUCAUUGUUUAAUGUCAACGCUCAGUAUUUUUAGGCCUUACACAACCAACCAUCAACCAUCUUAAUGUGACAUAUGUCAAGGAACAAAUGAUUUUACCUGAGGGUUCUUCCUCACAAUGUAGUUUCUCAUACAAGGCUUGAUUGUUGAAAUUUCAACAAUCACAAUGUAUGAGGCUUUCACUGUCGGCUAUGUUAUGUAUGCUAACUCAAGAACUGACAAGGUGUUUAGAUAUUACUAGCCAGUACAAUAGUAAAUGCUCAUAUAUCGUAAAAAUGGUGUCAGGUUUUUGUUUUUUUUAAGACGGACAAAUAACUCUAGCCAUGUAUUUCUGAAAAUCACGUUUAAAUGUAUUUUGAAUAUUGAGAAUGUGCUAGCAUAGCUGCAUUUACAUUAUGUGCCACUGUGUUGAGAGAGAUGAUAAAUCCUGAUCAGAUUUGUGAGCAUAAGCAGUCCGUCCAUUGCUGUCAGCUGUCUAUUGGUACCAAACACAGCUCGUCCAUCUCCUUUUUAUUACUUCACUUACACACAGACUAAAUGUACAUUUGAUUCCAUGAGGUGCCAUAGAAACUGAAUGCCAUUGAAUUCUACUUCUGCUUAUUUGACUAAAAUGUAAAUUCCACUACAUUGCAGUUUUGUGUGUAAUGAUAUUUAUGGUAUUUAUGGAAAGGGAACUGUACAAGUAACACUCACCUUUCCCCGAGAGAUACUUGAAAGACAUAAUAUACGUAUGUAUGGAUUUCAUUUUCUUGUUACUGUGUAUAAAUUUUAUGUAUAUAACAACACAGUAUGCUCUUAUAAUAUGGAGGGGUUGUAAUAUGCCAAAUAAAGAUUUUAAUUUCCUUUCAAGCUGAA